AUGGACUUUGAGCGGGAGAACUACCACGGCUUGAGGCCUCCACGUCAGUUCCAACAAAUCGACAAGCCUACGAGGAGACCGCGUCCCGAAUGGUUCAUUUGGAAAGGAAGAAUGCCCUUCGCACCACCGUCUGGAUUCGAAGAGCUUGAUUGCAACUUUGGCCCCCGUAAGUUCCGGCCGAAAACUCGCACAUUUUAG